AUGUCCUGGACCGUCACUUGCCUCUGGGAUUCUAGCGACUCUAGCACGGGAGAGAUCACCCAUCUCCUGACCUGGAGUCUGUCUCAGGUCCAUGACCGUCGUAAUGUCCCUUCUUUCACCGUCUCAUUCAGGCAAUCUGAAAAACCCUCAAUCGUCCGGUUUGAACCGCAUUCUAUUUUGCCCACAAGCUCGAAUGCCGAUUUUGGCGAAUGGCGAACACCAUCAGUGCCGUUCACUUCUUCAGCUGUUGAACAAUUGCAGCCAUCCUUGGAUGGGGAAAUGCCAAAGUCCAUCGAGGCCCCAUUUCAGCCCGCCCCUACCGAGCAAAAAAGCCUCUCGGCGAAGAUUCAAGAAUUCAAGCACAGAAUCAAGGAAAAGGUCGACAAUGUCAUCGAAGCUUGCAAGAAUAUAUCUUUGUGUCCCAAGCCGGGUAAAGUAUCUUACCAGGGUGAUGGACUUUCGAUGUAUGCGCCAACGUCAACCUAUGAGAGUCCUGAUGCUGAGCAUGACGAGCUUGACGGCGAUUCUGAAGCUUACGACGUACUUGAGCCUACACGAGUUGAACAAGCAGGUGCAGCCCAAACAAGGGAUCUCAGCCUUGAGGAGUCAUCCACUGGUGCAAGCUCGUUACUUCUCUCUGACAGCCGCAACGGCAUCCCCUCAGCCGUGAUCUUAAAGUCUUUCUUCCUCUCCCUUACCUUGCUCUCUCUCCUGACGUGGGUCAUCCUACGAUGUCGCGACCCACGACGCCGGGCAGAUCGCGCUGCUCGGCGAGAAGAGCGCCGCACUAUCCGUCUCUAUCGCCGCGCCGCGCGUCAUCAAGCGAUUAAAAAUUGGGUCUGGCAAGCUCGUUUGAGGUACGGUCUAGUCUCUACCACUGUUCUUUAUGAGGAAGAAAAGCGAUCGCGUGUAGCAGAGCAGGACGCUGUGCUAGAAAAAAUGAUGGAAGAGGACAUUCGCGCUCUUCGCGGUACACACAAUGCUGUGACCGCGAUGACGGGUGCGACCUUUGCCGCCGAGGAAGGGCGGUCCGGCUUUUCGCUCGCACGUGGAGAGAGCUCCGGGCACAGAAGGCCCAGAAGCAUGAGGAGUGUGAGCACACUUCCUGGGUACGAGAGUGAGGGUACCCAACCGCCGGGAUACGAUGAGCAAGGCCGGCGUGCUUCUAUGACCGAGUUCACGAGUGAUAGCAGUGUGAUAUCGACGAGUCCGAGAAUUAGUCGCGACGGGACGAAUAGCGAGUAUGAUGAGAAGCUGGAGGAAUUCAACUUGAAUGAUCAGCGCGCGGAUGGGAUCAGGUCAUGA